UUGUACUACAUAGAACAUGUGUUGCUCUAUCUUGUUACGUUGGUCCAAUACGCAUGGAGGAUACUCUUCCGCAUUGAAGAUUAAGCAUGGACGGGAAGAUGGUGAAUCCCUGCCUCGAUGUUGCAAGUCCAAGUCUUUUGCUCCUUGGACCCAAAGCCCAAGACCCACCUCACUCAAUCACUAGGUAUUUACUCAGAGGAGUUAGUCUAGGCCAGGUAGUAAACAACCCUCUCGUCACAAACUCGUACGCAGCGAAUCCUCACUGCAGAUCGUUUCACUUUGACAACCCUGCAUGCCCCAGUGGUCCGGUAGUCGAUGAACCAUGUGCUCCGUCGAUGAGUCCAGCGACUCCAGCCAAGUCUAGCUGAUCAGGUCGACUGCAUCGCGGAAAUCCCAUUUAGACUCCAUCCCACCCCCUCCCCACAUCGCUGCUUCCCUGUACUCUUGUAUUUUGCACGUGGUUCAGGGAAGGCAAGUCCCGCCUGGUAGACCCAGGCUCCC